CUUUAAUAGUCUGCUGGAGAACUUACUUCAUCUUGCUUGGUGACCCUCCCACAGCACAUGGUAGACACCUGGUUAGUUCUUGCCUAGUUUAACGUGCGCGUUGGCUUCUUCCGUGGAUUCCAGAUGACACUCACGCACCUUGCCUUUGGCAAUGUGUCCCUAGUUGCCCUUGUCAAACAAAGUUAGGCGGCAAUGGCACUCGAAGUUGCGUCCCUGCGUAUGGCUUUUGCGCCGAGGCACGCUGAAGGCCUGUAAACGAGGAGUCUUCAUAUGGUUCACGGACACCGUGCCCGCCUUUGGCAAAUGUGUUAAUUGGAGCCAAGGCAAAAUCAUCACAUGCGCAAGGCUGCAUCACAAGUCUUCGCUGGCGUAGGCCAGCUCAAAGUCACCGUUCAGGGCUCCGUGCUGAGAAGACGCGUCGUAAAGAAGGCAUAAAGAAGUGCAGACCGCCAUUUGUCAUCGCGCCUUUCCUGUCACAUCGGCUUCCUCCCUUUCCGGCAACCGUGAACCGGCAUCGCAUGGCCUGGGACAUGUCUGAGCUAACGGUGCAGCCUCAAGACUCCUUCCAGGUUCCAGAGGAAACACCGUGCAAUACCAAAGACUGUGGGCCCUUUGAGAGCUGCCACAGCGAUACUGGGCAUGGAAGCAACAGUCUGUCCUCUGUAUCGAUUAGCAGGAGCAGCAGUGCUGCUUGUGCUGCGGGCCUUGAAUCCGUUGACAGCCCAACUUCUGCACCCUGCUGCGAUACUGGCGAGGUAAGCAGCCCCAAGCGUGCUGGCCCACAAGGCGCCCGGCAGUGCUUGAUGGUUGUAAUCCCGAACAGCAGCAGCCAGACCGCAGCUGAAACUGACCCAGCAGCAGCAGAAGAUUCAAAUUUCAUCCAGUCCCCAGUUCCGACAGCUGGGACGCCUCGCGAGGAUACCGCCGCAACACCUGGCCACAUCGCAACCAGCACAACCCCCCGAGGCUCGCACCGGCGCCCCAGGGUCUUCAGCGUGCACCCCCACCACGGCGGCAGCGGCAACUCCGACGGGAUCGACCUCGAGAGCACCGUUGACCUGGCUGGCGAGGGCGACCUCCUCCGUGCUACCGCAGCUGUCGCAGCUGCGCUGCUGCCGCCCGCGACGCUUCCUGUGCGCAUCGUCUCCACUCGCUCACCCCCACGCGACGACGCUACCUCCAGCGCAACUGCAACCCAUGAUGCAUCCUCUGCUGCACGACCAACCGCCGUCAAACUGCAACGUGCCAAGAUGGCUGGUGGCUCCCUCGUUGCUGCGGGACCAGAUGGUGACAACAUGGGGGAAGAUGUUGCCUCGCAGUCACAACUCAUCGCAUCUGACAGUACUGCCGGAAGCCCCGGCGACGGCGGCGGCGUUGAAGACGAGCUGACUGCGGUUGCUGCUGCGGCUGCAGCCGCCGCCGCGGCAGCAGCAGUCGCAAAGGCGUCCACCAUCACCGUCGUGCGCUCGGGGCGGCCAAGCGCAGCUCCCUCCAAAGCCGCGGGCAGCAAGACCCAAGCCGAUGGCUCUUGCUGCUCGCCAGCUCAGGCCGACGGUGAUAACAGCUCAGCGGCUGAGCUUUUGCAAAAGCAGCAGCACACCGGUGGAAAUGGUAACAGCCCGCAUGGAAACGCGCUUGCCAACCGCCGCCGGCUUCUCCGUGCGGCGGGGGCACUGCAGGUUGCCGUACAGUCGCGUGACGAUCUGGGCAGCGUCUCACGACCGCUACCUGGCAUCACCGGCGCGCACGGCGGACCGCACAGUGGUGCAGAUGCUCGCGGUUUCGCCAUGCAUGCGUCUCCACCCAUCACGCCCGGCAGCUUGCCGCCCGCCUCCCCCGGCACCCCUCUGCUCACGUCGCCUCCCAUCACGCCUACCGGUGGUGGUGGCCCCGGCUCGCCCCUCACUGCUGCUGCCACAGUAAGCCCUCGCUCCGGUCGUGGCGGGGGCCGAGGAGGUCGUUCACCUAGGGCUGGCGGCCUGGACGGCGCCCCAAACAACGGCCAUAACGGCAAAAGCAAGAACGCCGGUACCUCCUUUGGCUGCGCCUUUGCGGGCGGUAUGGGAUACGAGGAGCUGAAGUCUCCGGACGACAGGCAUGUCCGCCAGGGUCGCAAUGUGCAUUCCACUUCUGGACAUGGGACGACGUCGAUGGCCGGCGGCGCCAACGGCUAUGGUCGCAUCUUCCAGUUAGCCGCUGGUACGACACAGUUGCCGUAUAUGUACGGCGUUCCACCGCCGCCGCCGCCACGGUCACGGCGCCGUGCUUCCGAGGCGGAAACCGCUGCUGCUGGGUUGCUGAGCGAUGCCUACGGCCUGCUGCCCAGAAGCUUAGAGAUCUGCCGCCAAUCACAACCCCCUCUUGCCUUGUCUCCGCAACAGCAGCUGCACAGCCGUGCUUCCCCCAUCCCACCGCCGCCGUCGAGCCCAGGUCCAGCCAGUCAGCUGAAUGCAGAUAUCAGCCUGCAGCUGUUCCUUUCCGGCCGAGACGCAGAUAGGCGCUACGCUGCUCUAGGCGCUACUGACGGCUUUGGCGGUGUUGGGGUGACUGCGGGCAGCAGCCUAGGCGCAGGCAUGCUGUCAUGCCGUCAGGGCACGCAGGAAGGCUCAUCUGCUGCCGUCAUGAUGAAGCCAGGUUGGGCGUGCGGGGCAGACGUGCAGGAAGUCGACCGGUCGCUGCUGAGCCUGCUGCCCCCGCAGUGCAUGCAUGGUAGCAGCACCGCCGCCGGCUGCGGGGCCGCCACCUGGCCGGCUGUGUUGAGCGCUGCCAACGAACCGGCUGCAGGGAGGCAGCAGGGGGCGCAGGCAUGCGGCGCAGAGACGGGCGCUGGUACUGGUGGUAGCGGUUGUGGAGGGCCGGAUCGCGUGUCUCUGUCUAGCGGCUUCGUGGCGGCGUCUACCGGUGCGGCGCAGUGGGGCAACAACCUCCCCACUGUGCCAGGUGCUGCGCAUGCUGGCAGCCGUACGGCAGCGGAUUAUAUGUACGGCAGAAACCCAUGGGGUGGAGCAGGCGUGCUGCAGAGCGGCCAUGGAUUCCAGCCGGCGGAUUCGGGAUCGGGACACCAGCAAAACGUGCACGCAGGCACGCAUGCGUGCGAUGUGCUGUCAUCACCAACACCCACACCGCCGUACACUCCCCUGGGAGACUGCUCGACGCGUCUUGCGGCUGUUGCUGCUACCCCCACCGUCUCGAACCCCUUCGCACAGCGUUUGCCACAGAGCCCGAUCGUCGCCACAGCAGCCACAGGCGAUCCGACUCUGGACGUUAUCAGUUCAGUGAACUGGUCGGUUGGAGCGAGCGCUACACUACCCGGCGUCGCCUCCGCGUCUCCGCAGCCGCCCUCCGGCAAUUCCACCGCCGCCACCCCCACCCCCACCACCAUCGGCAGCACUCACAAUGCCGGAGUCCCACCCGUCCCUCCUGGCCGGCAAGUCCUCCGCACUUCCUCCUUUCCAGCCACACCUCGGUCACCGCCGACGCCUGCCCUCGCGCCAGCCUGCCUCUCUCCCCGCCUAGCUCCGCAGCAACCUCAAAGCAGCUGGGACUACGAGCUGGGAUCAGGUUGCAUGGCGGCGGGUCGCCUGAUCCCCAGCACCGCUGCCGCUGCCGGGCUAAGCGGUCCUACGGGCAGCAGGCAAGAUCUGCCGUACGAUUCACCGAUGACGUUUGGCCAGGGGCAGCAGCCGCCUGCGACGCUGGGCGUUGGUGAUGUGGGUUCCGCGGAGGUGGUGGCGGCGCUGGCGGCCGCUAGGCAGCUCAUGCCGGGGGUGCUGUCAGGCGGGGGACUGGCUGGCGCGGGGGCGGGGGCUGGAGCAGCAUGCAGCCAGCUGGGGCCGUUGGCUUACCUGCUGCAGUAGCAGUCGCGGAAGGGCUUGGGGGAAGGUCGUGGUGAAGGUGCGGGCUGCGGGUGUGGAGCUGAGGGUUGGGCGCGGGAGGCGUCGUCGAUGGGCGAGACGGGACGUUGAGGGGAUGCCGGGAAUGUGCGGUGUGUAGCAUGAAUGGGUGGACGUAAAGAGGGUAGGGGUAAUGGAUGGCAGGAGGAAUGCAAACGGGGGCUGUUCGGGAUUAUGGGGUUAUGCCAAGACGCCGGGCCAUGAUGCGAACUGGGCCAAAUGUCCAGCUUUGCUAGCGGCCUCAAGCAGUGUCUUGUUGUGGUAGGGCUGAAUGGUGCACUAUUUGGCUUGUUGCUUUUUUUGUUGGGGGUGAGCUCAUGAUAGGCUUUGCCGUUGGGGCGCAAAGAGUGGCAUUUGCUAGGGCUCCUUGGGGGCUGGUGAGUCCUGCUAACGACGGGAAAGUCUAUGCACGAGGGUGCUUCGGGCGUAGUAGUGAAGCUUUAUCGGCAUCCUAGGCUUAGUAUUGGCGCCCUGUAAACGGGCAUAUGUAAACACUUUUAGUUUAGGUAUAUGUCCUGCUGCUGCUAACAUGCAGCCGUCAGCACGCUGUUCGGCUGCCUCCAUAUGCGCUGCCGCGAGAUGCGGUGUAUGUGAUUGCUCGUUAACCUUUGCUCUUGCGGCACGCGGGGGCCACUCUUGCUGCUGCUUCCAAUAGCGGAUUAACACUAUCCUUUCUAGCGCUAGCGUAGUAGUUUGCGCCACUCUGUUUUAGCGCCUGCAGGACACCACCACUGAUGGCUUUUACAGGACCGCCCGUUGCAUCAACACAUGCCGUACAUCGUCCUACCAACCCUUUCACUCGUAGGUCUUAUCGCGGGGCGCGGCGGUCUCAGUGCGUGUAGGGUUUUGUGAAAUCUGGCUAGGAUGUGUGGUAUAUGGCAUCUAGGGUUUCACGCAGCGUGCAGCGCAGGCGUAUCGUCUCGGCAGCCGUUAUGUCAGGGCUGCAGGAUGUUCCCCCAUCGUUGUCGCGCGCCGAACAAGGCUCGCAACGAGUGUGUUGUUGCGGUCCCGAGGGGCCUAAUAGGUUACUUCCCAGCUAUGCGUGUCUACAGUGCAUGUGGUUGUUUGGCGCUGUGGGUAGCUGGUGGUCAGCCAGCGGCGGUGUGUGUGAUGAUUCCAUGCUUCCGAUGCCUCAUUCGAAGCUAUAAGCAACAACGGCCAAACGUUUGCCGCCGCGCGCUAAGUCGCGUGUCGUCCGCCCUUUUCCGCUGUCUGCAUAGAACCUUACCGGGAAGAAACUUGAGUUGCGCGUAGGGCAGGUUGCAUGUGGGUUGGCGCCCAUUGCUUGAACGGCGCCUUGCUGUGGUGUGUUUUGGAAGGUGUGUUUUGGAAGGAGGAAACGCACUGCGAGGAAUGUAUGCGUGUGUACGCGCUAUUAGGGAACCCCAUCAUAUAUCUGUACUGUUUUAGCACGGGGAAAGGAUGGAGGUGACUAGCGAGCUUUCGUCAUGGGCCGGUAGUAGCCUGCCGUGCUAGCAACAAAAAAAUCCUUACUUAUGUCUCAGUGUGUCAUGCCUAAAAGGUGCAACAAGAACAGCAUCGACGGCGGUGUGGUUGAGUUGGCUUACACGAGGAUGGAUUCUGUGGUAAGCUACCACCGCUGGUGGUAGAGCAGGAUGAUGGGACUGGUGUUGCGCGCAUGAUGGGGCAUGGCGCCUAUGUUUGGUAGCACUUGAAUACGGUAGCAGUCUAUGAUGUGGUCAACGGUUAGUUUGACCGUCCGGUUACAACAAAUAAGGCAAUGUCAACAGCGGAGCGCUGCGUUACGUUCCAUAGCUAUGGUGAUACUUAUCGUGUUUAGCGCGCCAGGCCCGACUCUGUUCGCCUGGCCAACAACUGCUUAAAGCGCGAAGAAUGGUUGUAUCUUGUAUGGGUGUGCAGGUCUAGGCAGGUUCUCAGUUUCCCUUUUGGUUGUGGUGCGCAAAUGCAGGUGCGGUACACUAAUACUGGUGCACGUCGACCACUGUUUCCGUGGCAAUGAUUAUGGUUGAAACCCGUGACCUGGGUAACGCUGUGGUGGUUUAGUUUGCAGAGCGUGCUGUGCCGCUAUCAAGCAGCUUGGGAUGUGUUUUGGCUGUUCAAUUUGAAUCGUUGGAGGCAAAAUUGUGUGUGCGGUAACUGGGUUUUAGCGCAAUGGCAAGGCAUUGCCAAAAGUUCCUACUUGUCAAGCUUAGGCUAGGGGGUUUGUUAGCCACAGUUGGGGUCUGGCCUGGAUGUAGCUAGGUGGCCUUAACCGCUUCCGUGUCGGGCUGAAUAAAUGGGUGUUGGAGGCGAAGUGCGAUGGGCACUUGCUGCGUGUGUGUAUGGGUCUGGCGUAGCCGUGGUGUAUACGUGAUGCUGUCUAUGACACUGUUCAAGCGCAGGAGUUGCUUAUCGCUGUCAGGUUUUGGUCGGAGGUAAACAAUGGACAAGGACGCAGGUGAUCUAGUUUGAUGUUUCGUUGCCAAGACGUUAUCCAAACUUUGUCCAUGUCAACAUGUGCGGAUCACGGCACACAGCUCCCAUGCCGUGCACUAGGGAAAUCCCCGGGUAACAUGACGAAUGCAGG